AUGCAGCUCUUCCGCCUCCUCGCCUCGCUUCCGGUGAUGCUUGUCGUCGCCGCGCCGUCCCCGUGCGCCGUCUCGGAGGAAACCAAGUCCGUGGCGCAGCUCUACAAGGACGCCGUCACGGAAGGCGGCAACCUCGUCGUGUACCACGGCGGCGACUUUGCCGCACAGCAAGCCUUUGUCGCCGACGCCUUCCGCGCCGCGUUCCCGAAGGUCAACCUCACCAUGGUCGUCGACUAUAGCAAGUACCACAACGCGCGCAUCGACAACCAGCUCGCGACCAACUCGCUCGUCGCGGACGUUGUCGCGCUCCAAACUCUUCAGGACUACCCGCGCUGGAAGAAGGAAGGCAAGCUCCUCUCGUACAAGCCCAAGGGUUUCAGCAGCGUCUACAAGGGCUUCACGGACCCCGACGGCGCGUGGCUCUCGCACGGCGUCUACUCGUUCAGCUACUUUUACGACGAGGCGUUGUUGCAGGCCAAGGGCCUCGCGCCGCCAGCGACCGCCAAAGACCUCGCGGACCCCAAGUACGCGGGUCUCAUUGCGUCGUCCUACCCGCACGACGAUGACGCGGCUCUCUUCGUGUACGACCGCUACGUCAAGGCGUACGGCUGGGACUGGGUCAAGAAGAUGGCGGCGCAGCAGAUCUUCUUCCAGCGCGGCUCGCACAUGGCCGGCGUCGCCGUCACGGCGCAGACCAAAGCGAUCGGUGUCGCGGGCGGCCCGUCGUACACCAACACGACCAAGGUCAUUGCCGGACCCAACGCGACGUCCGACUACCUCGCGUGGGGCCAGCGCAUCGCAAUUCUCAACAAGGCGCCGCACCCCGCGGCCGCCAAGCUCUUUGUCAACUGGGUCGUCUCGAAAGAGGUCCAGUCGACCCUCAUGGCCGGCUUCUCGUCGCGCACGGACGUGCCGUCGCCUGCUGGUGUGCAGCCCUGGGACAUUCUGCGCGCCAACUCGCUCGCGUUCCAGUCGUGGAUGGAGAACCGCGCGUACGUCGAGGAGCUCAAGGCCACGUUCGCCUUCGCUGCAGGACCGAAAGAGUAG